UCAAUCCCUGGUACCAAAAAAAAAAAAAAGAUGGCAAAAUGAGAGAAAAGAUAUGAAAAUAUUCAACUAGUUAACAUGUUGCAGGGAAACAGAGGAUGGGGGAAGAAUAUGAAGAAGCAGCUAUCAAAGUAAGGAUCCAUUUCCCAGGACUGAAGAACAUGAACAGCUAUGGAAGGGUCCAGUAUCCAGGCAGGACAGGAAGAAGGACAGGGCGGGGCACCACCAAAGCAGGGCUUGGGCACUGGGCCUGCGCUGGCAGAGGGCUGGCUCCUGGGGUCAAGGACUUCCCUUCCCAGCUCUGCAGCCUCAGCUUCAGUGUUUGAAAGGCCUCAAAGACCACCCCGUCCUCCUCUGGCCUCCUCCCUCUCCUGGGCUUGCUGACCAACUUGCCCAACACUACCUGGGGCAGUCCCGAGCAUGGAGCUAGCCAGGGAUGGGAAGAGCACCCAUCAUCACCCGGGAGGUGUCCACCCCCCCGCCUCCCACCCUGUGGUCCUGGCGAGCCCCACGUGACCACGGGAGUCAGAUGUUUCCUGCCUUGGGGCGAGGCUGUGUCAGUGUCCAGGCGAGUCCUGGGCUGACACCUCCCUGCCAGACAUGGGCCCCUGCCUGCUCCUGCUGCUGCUCCUGGGACUAGAAGGUCAGGGCUCUGCUGACAGCCACCCGGAGGUGCUGAGGGUCCCCGUGGGGGCCUCCAUCCAGCUGCAGUGCCACUACCGGCUGCAGGAUAUUCGGGCACAGAAGGUGUGGUGCCGCUUCUCACCAGAGGGGUGCCAGCCCCUGGUGACCUCGGCUGUGGACCGCAGCGAGCCGGGGAGCAGCCGCACAUUUCUCACUGACAUGGGCGGGGGCUUGCUGCAGGUAGAGAUGGUCACCCUGCAGGAGGGGGACACGGGCCAUUACGGCUGCCUGGUGGAGGGCACCUCGGGGUCCCACUUGGUGCACACCUUCGCCCUGGAGGUGCUGCCUAAGGAUCCUGGCCUGGGAGAGGAGAAAGAGCAGAGGAAGGAGGAGGAGGAGGAGGAGGAGGAGACCUCUGGGAUUGCCACCCUGGCUGAGGACCCCUUCUCGGACCCUGAAGGCAGUGCCAGCCCUUGGGGGCCCACUCAGCAUAAGAGUACCCCCUUGACCUGGGCUGUGGUGCUCCUGCUGGGCCUGCUGGUGGUGGCUGUGGUGCUGUCUGCUGUGAUGGCCAAAAGGAAAGGGCACAGACUUGACGUCCGGGGCCAUUUCCAGAGCAGCAGAGUCUCGGACACGGACCCUUCCUCGGCAGCCCACCCUGCCGGUGACUCUGGGCUGGUGGACGUGAGGCUCAACUCGACACCCUCCUUCUACAAUACGACCCACACCAGCCUGGCAUUCGAGCCCCCGUCAGGGAAAGCGCUGGUGUCACCUCCAACCUCACCACCCCCUCUGCCUCCUAAGGUUGUGAUGUCCUCCCAGCCCGUCACUUAUGCCACAGUCAUCUUCCCGGGAGGGGACAAAGGUGGAGGGCCCUCCAGUGAGCCGACCCAGGACCUGCCCAGCAGUCCAGGCCCACCUAGCUAAGCUGCUCAGCACACUGGACGCUCAGGGACUGUCCCUGGGGCUGGUCAUCCACAUCCAACCCGUGAAUGCCCCAGAUCAGUGGUGGCGAACCUAUGGCACCCGUGCUCCUUGGGUUGUUUGUAUCAUGGAAAGCUCUGAAAGGUUCGCCAUCACUGGCCUAGAUCCUUGGAGCAGCCAGGGGCUUUGGGUCUAAUCUAAUAUCCUGACAUUACCAACAGGGAAGGUGAUGCUCAGAUCUCACGGAGGUGUUUUGGGGACACUAUCCCCGUCUGCUGGGUCCUCUGCAAUGACACAUUGGGCUAAAUAAACCCUAAAUGAUGAUAUGGGAAUCCUGAAUGGCUGGGUGGGAGAAGAAAAGGGUCCAAGUCUGACUGGAACUGAAGACUUCUCGAGUUUAUCCUGCCUGAUCGGCCAGGGAGGAAAUGGUUUUUCCUCUGCAAGGCACUAGGGGGCACCCAAAAGACUUUUUUUGAAAGUACUUCCGGGCCUCUCUCUCAGGAUGCCUGAAAGUACACAUUUGCUUGGGUCCAGGAAGCUCUGCUGCUUUUGGCCCUGCACCUUGGGAACAAGUGACACAUUAGUAUGGGACAGCGUGCUGGACCGGGGGGGCAGUUAGUGAUAAGUUGAAGGAGACUCAGGACAGAUGGGGUGUGGAACUGAAGAGAAAGAGGAGAAAGGACAGAAAUGGAAAUGGACAGCAUGUCUGUUCCCCGGAAGGACAAAGGCUUUUCAAAAG